AUGAAUAAUCUUGAUGUUCUUGCUGAAUUAGCAUCAAACCAAAAACCAAUUAAACAAGAAACAGAUUUAUUAAAUUCUUCAUUUGUUCUUAAAACAACACAAAAAGGUAAACCAUGUAUUAUACUUGAUGGUCAUCGAUAUAAACAUCGACGUGAUAAUCUCGAUGGUUCAAUGUCUUGGACAUGUACACAUGAAUUAUGCAGUGCUAGUGUACGAACAUAUGGCGACCGUGUUGUACGUCGUAAUGAUGGUCAUUUACAUGGUCGAACAUUACGUGUUGAUCCUCAACAAGAAUUUUUAUCCCGUUUAAAAAAACGUGCAGCAGAAGAUACAGUUACAAUUCCAAGAAUUUAUGAUGAAGAAUUAGAACGAUCAAUAAGUGAACAUUCAGCUGAUAUACGUGAACAUUUACCAACAUUUACAUCAAUUAAAUCAACAUUAUAUCGUCAUAGACAACGUAGUCAAAAACUUCAAACAAUGGAUAUUGAUUGUAAAUCUUUACCUCCAAAGAAACGUCCAUUAACAAUUGAUAUUGAUAAUCAUGAUGAAAAACGACGAAAAUAUUCUUCUUUAUCAACAUAUCCAUAUAAUUAUCUUUUAGCACAAAAUUAUAUGUUUAUGUAUGCUUAUGCAUCAAUAUUAUCUAGUUUUCAACAACAAAUGUGA